CCGCCCUCUUCCCCGGAAUCGUCUCGUUGGUCGGCUGCCACGUGAGGGCGGGGCCGGCAGGUGGCUUCUCUUGGGUCGCGAAAGGGCCCUGUCGUUGGGUGGAACAAGCCACAAAAUUAUUUUCUUGCUUAGAGAGUGAAGUAGUUCGUCUACAGAGGAAUGUCUUCAUCUUGUAGGACUUAGUCGUACCGUCAGUUGUGGUUUGAAAAAAGGAAUUGUCAGCAGAGGAAAACAACACUUUUCGCUGCUUUGGAGCAGACGUCGGAAACAGUGAGACUCGGCCAGCCUCAUGGCAAAAAAAGGCAGUGUCGCCAUGGAAGUUCAGAGCAGCUGGGAAUUCUGGGAUGGAACUGUGCAAAAGGUCCUGGGUAGGGAUAACCUUAGCUCAGUUGUACAGCGCCAGGCCUUCCGCCUGUUCCGCUACCAGGAGGCCGAGGGGCCUCGGAAAGUCUGCGGCCGACUCCGUGAUCUCUGUUAUCAAUGGCUGAAGCCAGAGCAGCACACAAAAGCCCAGAUCCUGGACCUGGUGAUUCUGGAGCAGUUCCUGACCAUCCUGCCACCGGAGAUAGGAGACUGGGUCAGGGAACGUGCGCCAGGGACCAGUUCCCAGGCGGUGGCCCUGGCAGAAGGCUUCCUCUUGAGUCAGGCAGAAGGGAAGACGCCAGAAGAGCAUCAGGUCCACAGACUGUUGAUGGAAGGGACCAAUCAUUUCCCUGUGGUGGAGAAGGAGCCCUUUCACACCCGGCAGGAAACACCCUUCAGGUGGAUCAUUGAAGAGGAGGAACCAAGGGGUGGUGGAAUCACACUGGCCAUGUGUACCGGGCCAUUGUUGAGUGGCGAAGUGGAAACAUCUUGUGAACAGAUGGAGCAGGACCUAGUGACCUUUGAGGAUGUGGCUGUAUAUUUCACUGAGGAAGAGUGGGCCCUGCUGGAUCAAAGCCAGAAAGCUCUGUACACAGAAGUCAUGGAAGAGAAUUAUGAAAUUAUGGCCUCUCUGGUAAGUGACGAGUUGAAGAGCAUGAACAAAGAAAUGUCCAGUUGGAAAAGUGUCCAUUUUAAAGAUGAAGCAUGGCAGAAGACAAGUCCAUUCGAAGAACAAACCGAUCAAGGAAAGGAAACGAGCCAUUGCUUGAUGUGCGGGAAGAGCUUCAGCUAUAAAUCAAGCCUGAGUUACCAUUUGAAGACUCACUCGGGGGAGAAACCGUUUAAAUGUGUGCAGUGCGGGAAAGGGUUCAUCCGGAAAUCGGAGCUCAGUUACCAUCAAAGGAUUCACACUGGGGAGAAGCCGUUCACGUGCACUGAAUGUGGGGAGAACUUUUCUCAGCAGGCGAGACUCGUUCAGCACCAAAGGAUACAUACAGCUGUCCAAACGGGCCAUCCAGCAAGUAGAAAACCAAGGACUUACGCUUUCGAUAAAGCGUGGGAGGAGAGGUAUUGUUUUGUGGAUUUGGAAGGCAAGUUCGUGUGCUUACUCUGCUCCUCGACAGUUGCGAUCCCGAAGAAAUACAACGUGAAGAGACAUUUUGAGACUCAUCACGGCACCUUCUCCCGUGACCAUCCACUUGAUUCCAAGCUUCGGAAGAAGAUGAUCAGCGAAAUGAAAUCUAAAUUGGCAACGGAACAGCCGUCGCCCACCAGGACCGUAGUGCAAGCCGAGGACGCGACGAGGGCAUCCCUUAAAAUGUUAAGCUUACUCACAAAGAGGAAAAACACCUUUGAGGAUGGGGCGCUGUUGAAAGAAGCUUUUUUGAUGGACGGCGACUCGAUUUUUGACGGGUUUUCCAACAAAGAGGAAAUUGUGGCAGCGCUUGAGAAAUCGCUGCUGUCUGACAAGGCAGUUCCCGAAAGAACGGAGUUCAUUUCGCGGGACUUGGAGCACCGGCUGCAAAGGGACCUACAGCAAUGUCUUUGUUUUUCACUUCAGGUCGACGGAUCUGCAGAGAUAGCUGGCACUUCCCAAUUGGUGGUCCUUGUGAAGAUGGUGUUGGCUGAUUUUUCCGUAAAAGAGGAACUGCUUAAAAUCCUACCUCUGAAAGGCCGAAAGAGAGGGGAAGAGAUAUUUCAGGCAUUCAGAAACUAUGCCAAGGAAAUCAACUUGCCUCUUUGCAAACUAUCAUCAGUUACCACUGACGGCGCACCAGAGAUGCUGGGAUGUCCCGACGGGUUCAUUGCCCAUUGCGAGAAAGAUGACUCUUUCCCGAAGUUUGUCUCCUAUCACUGCAUCAUUCACCAGGACGCCCUGUAUGCGGAAAUACUCCACUUCGAAAACAUCAUGGACACGGUGGCAAAAGUAAUCGCCUCUAUCCGGUCCGUCUCCUUGCAGCACUCUCUCCUUAAAGCUCUUCUGGUGGGUGUUGAUAAGGAGGCUAGUAAUCAGAUUUUGCAGACUGAAUUUAGGUGGCCGAACAACGGCAAGGUUCUGACCCGAUUUUUAAACCAGAUUGAAGACAUCCGGGCAUUUUUGAAAUCUAACGGGCAGCACGUUGAGCAACUUGGCAACAGGCUUUGGUUGCUGGACUUGGCUUUUUUUGCUGAUGUGAUGCCAAAAUUGAACACUUUGAAUGUGGAGCUCCAGGAGAAAGAUAAGAACAUUUCCGGGAUGAUCACAUCAGUGAAUUCUUUCAAAGGGAAACUGAGGUUGUGGAAGUCCCACUUGCGGAGGAAGUCCCUCUUUCACUUCACUUCGAUGAAACUAGUGGUGGGCGAGAGCGAUUUUGACGCCGCGCCGUUCCUGGACCAUCUUGAAACACUCGAGAGAGAGCUCCACGCUCGGUUUCGGCAGCUCGCCGCCAUUGAGCCCGCCGUGUUGUUUGUCAUGAACCCCUUCGGCCCCAUUGAGGUCCACGAAACAGCGCUGUCGAUCGGGGAGCUGUUUCAGGGUCGGAAAGAAGAAGUCGAGUUGGAGAUUGUGGGGCUUCAAAAUGACCUUGUGUUAAAAUCUCACUCGGGGUACGGCAACUUUUGGAACUUGGUGGACUCCCAAAGGUUCCCUUCGCUGAGAGAGACUGCUGCGAAGAUCCGCUCCUAUUUUGGGUCGACCCACCUGUGCGAGUCAGUCCUCUCGGCAAUGAAGCUGAUCGGCCGAAGAGUGGGACGCAGCUGAUCGGCAGGCACAUGGAGAACUACCGUAUUUCUUCGAUUCUAAGACGCCAUCGAUUCUAAGGCGCACCCCAUUUUUAGACCUGUUUAUUUGGGAAAAAAAGAUGCACGCUAAUUUCAGUACCACCAACAGAAAACCCUAGUUGUCACUGAGCAAGCUCCACUUUAAGGACUACGGCACAGCCUGGGUGUGAGGAAGUGAUUGUAGGCAGAGCAACGGGAGAGACUGCCCAAUUCUUAUUGGGCAGCUGGAUUUUGGCGCCACUGGGCUGGGAGGGGCUUAGGGGUAAGCAAAAAAACAGGCGCUUACCCUCCCAGUUCCUCCUCCCGGCUCACGGCUGCUGCAGGAACUUCCUCUUUUGGCUGCCUGCCUGCACGUGGAGGAGAGAGACGA